CCAAUCUGUAGUCUUGAGCAGCGCAAAGUUUUAUUGGGUGCAGCUAGUACGGGAGCAUGUGUUAGGCGAGCCCUGGUCAACUAAGGCGAGACUCUGGCGUGCAGUAGAGUUCAACAGUUGCUUUUAGGGUUGAUGUGCAGCAGAUCAGCUGCAUUGGACCAGUCUCGAUGUAGCUGGUUCUAACUGAUAUUGGCCCUACAUCGCUUCUAAUGUUGGUGGUUUCCUAGCAGUUUCCAACGGCCACUCCACUCGCUUCGGUAUCGUUUCACCCAGUUUAGACUCACACCUAAUCUAUUUAUUAUUGACACUAACGACCAGCAUCAUCCGUUGCUGAUCCUGUAGGUUCUUACGCUUUAGUUAAUCAAUGGCGGAAGUUGAAGAGGAGGACGAUUUGGAGGUUCCCCUCGAGUUCAUCUGCCCCUUGUCCGACGAUAUCAUGCGCGAGCCAGUCAUCAUCGCGUCGGGACUUAGCUACGAGCGGAGACUUAUCAAAGUGUGGUUCGCGGCCGGCCGGCGCGUGUGCCCUAAAAGCGGCAUGAAGCUGGACCACACCGAGUUCUUCCCCAACGUCGCUCUUAAAGCCCUCAUCGCCGAAUGGUGCGAGAAGCACGAUCUCGACCUCGCGCCGCUUCCGGAAGGCCUGGAGGAGGAACUUGCCGCGCAAGUUCGCGCGCAAGACGAGGAAACGUCUCCGUCGUCGAGCCGCGGAAGUCCCGGGGGAAGAGGCGGCGGCGGCGGCGGCGGAGGUGGAGGCAGGGAUGGCCCAAGACGGGGCCGACAUGGGGAUGAUGACGACGACGAAUCGCAGCCGUACGUGCAGCGAUCUGCCAGCGCGGGGAGCGGCAGGCGGAGAGGGCCAGACGAGGAUAGCGGGUCUGACAGGGGGAGUGGGCGGAGAGGUGGUGGCACUGUAUCGCGUACGAGAGAGGCUUAUAGCGAGGACGAGGACCGGCGGGGCAGGAGUGGCGGGGGUAGGGGGGGGAGCGGAGGCGGUCGGCUGCAGCCGCGGACUGAGGAGGAGCGGAGAGCGCGCACAGGGCGCGUGGCGGCGCAGCUGCUGUCGCGGCAACGGGGGGGAGGGGGGAGCGGAGUAGCGGGAAGCCCGCGGGAACGAGGGAAGGAUAGUUAUAGGGAUAGAGACCGGGAGCGGGAUAGAGACAGCGACUCGGAUAGAGAUAGGGAAGGGUAUCGGGAUAGGAACAGGGAUAGGGAUCGAGAUAGGGACAGAGAUAGAGGUCCGGACAGGGACAGAGGGGGCGACCGUGACAGGUAUGGGGAUAGGGAUAGGUAUGGAGACAGGGACAGGGACAGGGAUAGGCACGGAGACAGGGAGAGGGAGAGGGGCAGGGGGAGGGAUGAUGACGAUACGUACUCUCCUAGGCGCUCUGGCCCCGAUCGAGGGGGGAGAGGCAGCGGGAGGGGAGUGGGGAGGGGGGGGUCGAGAGUGGUGGGGAGAGGUGACAGGGAUGGGGUGAGAGCGGGGAGAAAAGAGGUGGACGAGGAGAAAUCAGGGGAGGCAGCAGCGCUGGAGGAAGCUUCUGGGACAGGGGAAGCAGCAGCAGCAGCAGCAGCAGCAGGGGAGGCUGCAGCAGCGGGUGGACCAGCAGCAGCCGCGGAAGCGGGAGCGGGGGAACCAGGGGGAGGAGCAGCAGGGGAGGGAGGAGUUGAUGGGGCGGAGGCGGUGGAGGGGGGGGCGGGGGGAGCGGCGGGAGCGGGGGGAGCGGGGGGGGCGGGGCCAGAAGCGUGGGCGGACAGGCGAACGAUGAGUCUGGACGAGCGGAAGAGAGAGGGGCAGGAGCCACCCGGGUCCCCAGCUGCUGGCAGCAACUCGUUCGAGCGCCAGCUCACCUCUCCUGCCAACCCCUCUUCCAGUGGAGGCAAGGAAGGAAGCGGAUCGAGACACAGGGGCUCAGAUGCCGCGUCGUCGCCUCUUAGAAAAUCCAGUGCUGGGGGCGGUGCUAGGAAUCUGCCGCCCCAGCCGCGGUCUGCUAGGGAUAAGGCGCGGCUAGCGGGUGGGGGUGGGGCGGGAAGCGGGAAGGACAAGGGAAGUUCUGGGGCCGGGAGUAUGGCUGCGAGCUCGCCUAGGUCACGCCCACCAUUGUCAUCCCCGUCAUCAACGGCAUCGUCACCUAGAUCAUCGUUAUCGCUAUCGUCACGAUCCAUGCGGACGGUCGAUGAUAUGCUGGAUGCGAUCGACCGUGGCACGUCGGCGGACCGGGAAGAAGGGAUCAUGCGCCUCCGGUCUGCCCUGAAGGAAAGUUCUGAGGCGCGGCGGCGGGUGAUCCACCGGUCGGAUGGAGUUCCGAUCUUAGUCGAUCUAGUGGAGGAUGCAGCGGCGCUGGUGGCAUCUGGGAGUGAAGGGGCGGUCAGGGACAGCAGGAUGGACGCGCCAGCAGUGCUAGACUGUGUUGUGGCUGUGAUUCUCCAGCUCACACAGUCAUAUGAUGGGGCUCUGGAGGUGGUUGAUGUAGGGGGCGUGGGUGUGCUAGUCGAUCUAGUGGACGGAAAGUGCAGGAAAAAGGGUGGGGGGAGAGACAGCCCGAAAACAGCAGGCAAAGGAGAUGCUGAGGCGAGCAAGUUUUCGGAUUCGGUACGGUCGAACGCGGCGGCGGCGCUGUUUGCCAUUGCCACGUGUGACGACGAUGACAAGGAGGAUGAGGAUGGGAGGCGGAGGAGGAGCAGCAGGUAUCGGGAUAAGAUCCUCCGGUGCGGGGGCAUCCCUCCCCUGCUGAAGCUGCUCAAGACAGAAGCGGCCCGGUGCCGGAAAGACGCGGCUCUCGCGCUCUUUGCCCUCUCAGACGACCCUGACUGUGCAGACGAGAUAGUCAGAGAGGGAGGGGUGAGUGUACUGGUGGAUUCGCUAUCUGACAAGCGGCCGGGAGUGGAGGAAAAAGCUAUGGCGGUGUUGGCGAAUUUGGUUAAGUCCAAGGAGGGCCAGGCGGCGUUGCUAGAGGUGGAGGGGACGCUGGUGAUGCUGGAUGUGCUGGAGAGUGAGUCAGAGAGAGCACAGGAAGAGGCCCUGUUUGCACUGUACCAUCUGGUUACCACUGGGGUGGUUACGCCUGCGUUUCUGCUGAACGACGGGGCGCUGUUUCCUGUGGCGAAAAUGGCUGCAAAGAAAGGUUCGCCGCCGGAAGCCCUGGAGCUGCACAAGAUUCUCACAGCUGCUAGGAAGAGUGUGGCCACGUGAUGGGUUUGGUUAUAAGGAGGCCGAAGAAUCAUUGAAUGAUGUUGAAAUGCGGGUAUGUGUUUUUUGGAGGCCCAACGAAGCCCUGGAGCUGCACAGGGUUCUCACAGCUGCAAGAAAGAGCGUGUCUGCUGGCCACUUGAUGGGUGUAGCGCGUAGUAACAUGUUAUUUUAGUCAGUGCAGGUGUUAGGGGAGAGAGGGUGGGGGAGGCAUUCCUUCCUCCAGUUCUCUCCAACACUUUUAAUCUGUUAUUUUAGUAAAUGGCUCUAAACGUCGUCCGUCUGGAAUCAAUUACUGCAUUUCUG